GCGGCUUCCCCCCCGCCCCAAGGCAGAUUCCGGCGCAGGCGCGGUGCAUCUGGCGGCUUGGACCUGGGGCUCCGCCUCAGCGAGGAGGGUGGCCUGUACCCCUCGCUGGCCCUGGUCUCCCGGGGCCUCACCCGAGCAAUGCCCCGCUAUUGCGCAGCGAUUUGCUGUAAGAACCGCCGGGGACGAAACAAUAAAGACCGGAAGCUGAGUUUUUACCCAUUUCCUCUACAUGACAAGGAAAGACUUGAAAAGUGGUUAAAGAAUAUGAAACGAGAUUCAUGGGUUCCCAGUAAAUACCAGUUCCUGUGUAGUGACCAUUUUACUCCUGACUCUCUUGACAUCAGAUGGGGUAUUCGAUAUUUAAAACAAACUGCAGUUCCAACAAUAUUUUCUUUGCCUGAAGACAAUCAGGGAAAAGAUCCUUCCAAAAAAAAACCCCAGAAGAAAAAAUUGGAAAAUGAGAAAGAAGUAUGCCUAAAAGCCAAGUCAGAAGAAUCAUUUGCAUUAAAUGAGGCAAAUAAAAAUGUAGUUAACACAGAUAUGCCCCCUGAAUGUGCAGAAUUACUUGAUUCAUCUGCUUUGUUGAAGCCACAAGCUCCAAAAACAGGAAGUAUACAAAAUAACGUGUUAACUCUUAAUCCAGUUAAACAAGAUACGGGAAAACCAGAAUCUACCUUGGAAACAGCAGUUAACCAAGAUAUAGGUAUAGGUGGUUUUCACACAUCUUUUGAGAAUCUAAAUUCUGCAACUAUUACUUUGACAACUUCCAGUUCAGAAGGUGUUCAUCAAUCUUUAGAAACCCAGAAAGUGCUUGAAAUAACUACCAAUCAUCUUGCUAAUCCAAGCUUAACCAAUAAUUCCGUGGAAAUUAAGUCAGCACAGGAAAAGCCAUUCUUAUUCAGCACAAUUAAUCAAACAGUUGAAGAAUUAAGCACAAAUAAAGAAUCUAUUAUUGCCAUUUUUGUACCUGCCGAAAAUUCUAAACCUGCAGUUAAUUCUUUUUUGUCUACCCAAAAAGAAACCAUGGAAAUGGAGGACUCAGACAUUGAAGACUCUUUAUAUAAGGAUGUAGACUAUGGGACGGAAGUUUUACAAAUUGAACAUUCUUACUGCAGACAAGAUAUAAAUAAGGAACAUCUUUGGCAGAAAGUCUCUAAGCUACAUUCAAAGAUAACUCUUCUUGAGCUACAAGAGCAGCAAACUCUAGGAAGAUUGAAGUCUUUGGAAGCUCUUGUAAGGCAGCUGAAGCAGGAAAACUGGCUAUCUGAAGAAAAUGUCAAGAUUAUCGAAAAUCAUUUUACAACAUAUGAAGUGACUAUGAUAUAGAGUAAAGAUGUUUUAAAGCUGUGACUAUUAAAUAAGCUUUCCCAGCCAAACCAAAUUAUAUGUAAAGUGAACUUUUUACUGUAUAAAGAUUGCAUCUUAAUGAACCUA